CACAAGCUGAUUUGGCCGAGCUUGCAGAGAGAUUUGAGUUGGAUGGUAUUGAGCCAUUGGCUGAUGAGACUGACGUGGACCAAUCAGUGGACCAGAUGGACAAGGAGAGCCAAUCAAAACAGGGUUCAAAUUUAUCCUUGAACAAAGAUGGCGAAACAUCAGUAAGUGCCUCACAGACGGAUCAUGGAAGUGAUGGGAGAAGUGCAACUGUGCGAAGGGUCAGUGGCAAGAAGCACCUGACUGCAAAGCAGAAGCUGACCAAAUCACACACAACUACUGAGGAAAAUGCCAACAUGAACUUGUCAGACAGUUACGCAGCUGAUGAGUCAAUAGUGGAAGAUUCCAAAGAACCAAAAAGUAAAACCGACAAACGAGGCUCUCACACUCUGGGACCUGGAGAAGGUGCUCAAGCUGACUGCCAAGUAAAAAAGAAGCGUGGGCGCCCAAGGAAAGCGAAGCCAGCUGUCCUUUCUCCAGUUGAGGAAACUCCUGUCUGUCUAGAUGUGGAAGACAAGGUUAAGAGCAUUGAAUCAAACUGCAGCUCCAAGAGGUCAGGGACCGAGCUCUCAAAAGAAGAGCAGCAGGAAGCUCAAAUGUGUGAAGAGCCCCAAAGAGGACCACCUGCUGAUACAUCGGAAGACACUGCUUUGGAACCCCAGAAUGUUGAGAAAAAUGCUGAUCUGAAACAAUCUCAGGAGGGACAAGAUUUAGUAUCUUCAAGUAGCAUUCCCAACUCCCAAGAUCAACAGCUGAACAGUUCUGACGAUCUGUUCGAAAGCUGUCCGAAGGACAUCCCAGAUGGAGGGAUGCUGAAAACUAUGCAGAUGUCAUCUAAAAGUGAGGAACCCCCAGCAUCCAAGAGGACUAUCAAGCGGACCCGACGGCUCAGCAGGAGCAAGCUUGGUUUGGGGAAAAGGAAGUGUCGGAACUGGGAAGGGGAGGAAGACAGUGAAGAAGAUAACAUCCCAUUGGCUAAAAUCAGGCACUGCUACCUGGAUGUUGACAGCCAAACUUCGGAUUCUGAGGUGGAUUUUCCGAAGAAAAAACUUGAACGAGCAAACAAUGAAAAUCCAAGGAUUAUCGAAGACCAAGAUGAGGUUGAAUUGGAAGACACCAAGAGGGAACAAUUGACCUGUGUGAACUCUAGGUCUGAAAAGACCAGUGUUGGAAAGUCUCCAAAAUUAAGCCCCAAAACAAGUCCAAAGGCAGCUUUUGCCAAAAAAAUUUUAAGGCGUGCCAGGAAGUCACCUCUUUUCACGAAGGCCUCCCCGGCUAAAAUUGUCUCAAAUGCCAAAACUACAGCUAAGAUAUCUCCAGUGGCAACAAGGCUCCGCACCAGCAAGCACCUAAGCUCCCUCAGUGCUAGUGUGCCAAGCAAGCUGAGAAGAAGGCCAAGGAAAGUAUUGAAAGCAGGACAGGAAAAACAUGACCAUUCCAAGCCCAGUAUAAAGUUUGGGUUUGAGGAGAAAUUGGAGAAAGCUGUGACGGACAAUAUCUUGGGCGAGAUGUUUCCAGGGGAAACAGGAGACCUUUGGGAGGAUCUGUCUCCAAUAGCCGGACUGUCCACCAGCUUACCUCUCCCAGAUAGCAAGAGUCUUCUGUCGCCAAGUCCUGUCAGCUUCAUUGAAGAGGACAUCCAAGAGAAAGACAUUGGACUUAACAACGAAGUGGCAUUACUUCUGAGUGGGAUUGCACCUCCUGGUACCAGAGAGGAGAUGAGGCUUGGUACAGCAUCAAAACUUCCAGAUUUGGAUUCAGAAACAGCUGGAAACGAAGAGCUCCUUAGCAGCAGCUUGUUGGUGUCUGAAAAGAUACUAGACCCAAAAGAGGGAAUGGAAUAUUCCAAAGCCCCGUCAACUUCUUCCCAAUCAAUAUUAUUACCUGUGAGUUCAGAAACUUACACAGGAGACAGCACAGAGAAACAAGAAGAUUCUGCAGCCGAAGGUGCAACUCCACCUGCCAGUGAAUGCCUCACAUCAUCUGUUGAAGCUGCAGCUUUACCCAAGUCACCGGUGAUUCCCCUGAAGUUUGCACCGUCAUGCCACAGCUCGCCCAAUGUCAGCAGUGCAGCCAAGGCCAAGCCGGCCGAUCAGGGGUCACCAUCUGGAUCCAUCCCCUCCAUGUAUUCUCCGGCAGGAUCUCCAAGCGGUGGAAUUCUUAAGCGAAGGGAUUCCGCAUCCCCCUCUCCAAGCAAUAAGUCUCGCCGAGUGAGCUUUGCCGAGCCCAUCUCAGAGCAGUCCCCGGUGAAGCAGUUUGCGGUCGAGCUCCUUCCCUCGGAACCGGCAGAGGACAAAACCUCAAAAAGCCAGCGCAUCACCCACCCGCCCUCCCCACUGGUCACGACCACGCCCUCCAGGGUAGUCAGCCUCCACUCUAAGUUCAUCACGACCCCUUCACGGCGGUCGUCCAGCGGCGGAUUUGGUGCCAAGAGUAGGAUCAGCCCCAGUGGCCGUAGGAUCAGCCCUGGUACAGCGCGGUGGAAAGCCAAACAGCAUGGCUUUGUUACGCCUUCGACUGGGAGAAAGACGAAACCCAUCAGACAGAGUUCUCAAAACACAGAGGGGACACCACUCACCCAGCAGAACAGCCUGGAUAACAGCAUAGACAGUGACUACGACAACCAGGAAAGUGUGUUCCCGGAUCUUGCGGACUGCAGCACCCCCGUGGAGAGAGUCCUACCCCAGCUGACAUCUUCAAUGUGGUCCAGAGGCCUAGGGCAGCUGGUACGUGCUCGCAAUAUCCUCACCGUUGGCCAUCUCUGCUCACUCUCCCCGACGGAGAUACGGUCCCUGCCGAUACGUUCGCCAAAGAUCAGCAACCUCAGGAAAGUCAUGACCAACUUCCAGAGGCUGCAGUCGGCAAAGAGUGGGGCGCCCCUGGUGGACAGCAAGAAAAAGGAGGAGUUGCCAGGGGAGGACGAGGCGAAGGGCAGAGGGGCAGAGACAAAAGCAACAGAGGGGAGGAAAGAGGUGGGAGAGAGUGCUGCGGACAAAGCAGAUCGCCAAGCGCUGGCUGUAUCAUCUGAGCUGUCAACAAGCAGAGCAGCCUCAAGUGAGAAAGAAGAGCCCCAUCCCAAACAGGGUACGAAACGAAAGCACGACGAGCUGGAAGAGAGCAGCAGCGGCCUGGCCGAGGGGGAGCAGCUGCCCAAGCAGGCCAGGAUCAUGGACAAGCUGGCAGAUCUGGUCGGUGAGUUGGCGACGGAGAAUCUGGCCGAGCUGCCUUCUGACCGCCUCUUCCUGGCCCAUCAGCACGUGAACAACAUGAUGGAAUCUAUCAUGGCUGCCUUAAAGGUCAAGGUCAAGUCACCCAGCUUGAGCAGCUGAUCCUUGUCAAGAUCAUUUUGCCUUCUGAGUUCAGCUUAACCUAAUACAUGUUAAACAUAUCUUUAAUCCGUGUAAAAUAUUACCAUCCUUGUUAAACCUAUUACUCCAAGGUGAUCCUGAGUUAAUUCUGGUUGAACCAGCUGCAAUCAUGGCAAAUGCGUUAACUUUGAAGAUUGAAUUAAUUUUUAAAUAGUUCACUUUUGCACUUGUGGCCAGUUACACAGAUUAUGAGAGUUGUCCAAACAUUUUCAAUCUUUACUGCUUAAAAAAAAUUCGUACCCUGUUCCUUACAAAAAAUUAAAUACUUUCAAGAUAAGUCGACAAAUCAAUAUUUGAGUAAUUUUUAAUUGAUUUUUUUAUGGUACAUCAUCUAAUUUAGUCACUGACAUUUCCAUUUGUGGCAUUUAUGUUCUAGUUUGUACACACAAUGGCUGCAUUUCUGCGAAAAUAAUUUAUUGGGGAAAAUCUCCAUCACCAGAAAUUUGCCAAAGUGUUCGUGAUUGUUGAAUAGGGGAUGGUAAACCUGUUAAUUUUAAGUUGUACUUCUGUUGAAAUUUAAGAUUUUUGUUGAUUGAAACCAAAACAAAUUUGAACAGUGACCUGCAGCACUUGCAUGUAAUUACGAUAAAAAUUUGUUUACUUUAAUACAGUUAAUUGAAUAGUCAGUCUUCUGUUAAAUUAAAAGAGUACACUGACUGCAUCUAGAUCUGUUAUGAUUGAACAUGGAACAGUCUUUUUUUGAAUUGAAUUACGUAUAAACAUUUAAUUAUUUUUAUCUUGUUCUUGCUUUUCAAGAUUUUCAUCAGGAAAACAAAAAAUACAUGUAACACAUUUUGCUUGAUCAGGGAGAGCACAUUUUCAUGUAAAGGAAAUGUAAUUUACAUUGUUGGUGAAGGAGCGGGAUUUUCAUGUUUAAAAACCUGAUUUUUUAUUACACGUUUUAUAGUGAGUAAAAAAGAUUCCUCUAAUGUACUUCAAA